GGGCAUUUGAGCGCGUUUACGUAACGUGAGGACUCGACGCCGCUGCGGAGCGCAACCUCCCUCGCCAUUGCGGAAGCGGCGAGCGCCGGCCGGGACCUGUCAGUCAGCGGUUGCCCCGGGAGUUGCCAUGGCGCGGCGGGUCCCAUGCUGACGUCGGCUCGCUGGCUGCAGGCGGUGAUGAGGAACCGGGUCACGGCGGCGGGGACCGAGCGGGCCGGCUGCCCGGCCAGGGUGCGCCUCCUGCGGCAGCCGGCGCCCGGUCAGCCCGCGGGAGCUGGGCCCAGACUGCGGCCUCGGGUUAGAGUAGGAGAUUGGAAUGAGGUGUUAAGGGAAACGGUAAACGUUCUCCAGUGUGGUCAGGUAGUGGCAGUUCCAACAGACACUAUCUACGGAAUUGCCUGCCUGGCACAGAAUUCCGAAGCUAUCCGAAGAAUUUAUGAAAUUAAAGGACGGAAUGCGGACAAACCUUUAGCUAUCUCUGUUGGAAAUAUUGAAGCUAUUUAUAAGUACUGUAAAGUAACUGUUUCUGACCAGGUAUUAAGAGAUCUCCUGCCAGGACCUGUAACAUUGGUUUUUAAGCGGGCAGAUGAGCUGAAUAAAGAUUUAAACCCUUUCACUGAUUUGGUGGGUGUACGUAUUCCAAAGCAUCCGUUUAUGCAGAAACUGGCACAAUUGUGUGGUGAACCUCUGGCUUUGACAAGUGCCAAUGUCAGCUCUCAAAACAGCACUUUGACUCCAGAGGAAUUUAAAGACCUUUGGCCUUCGUUGGGUCUUGUUGUUGAUGGUGGGCCUAUCGGUGAUGUGUUGAGCCCUGAAUGUCGGUUAGGAUCAACAGUGGUUAACUUGGCCACACCUGGAAAAUACAGUAUUAUCAGGCCUGGUUGUGCAUUUACUGCUACAGUGGAAAUUCUUCAGAAGGAGCAUGGAUUGUCCAUGCAAUGCUAAAUCUGACAGAAACUUUAUCAGAAAUGGUUUAUUUUCUACAUACGAAACAAAACAUACAAUCUAUUGCCUUUAUUCAAUAUUGGAUUAAAGUUUGGAUUCCGAAGAAACUUAUGUGUCUCCCGUAUUUUACAUUGCCUGUGCUGUAUACACACUUCCUAAUCCUCACUACAUCUACGAGUUGACUUCCCAUUGUACACUUACUCUCUUGUUGGUCUUCCAUGGUGCAGGUUAAGGGUUAAAGACUUAUUCCAAAAAUGAUGUAGGCCUGAGCCUAGAGCUCAUGGUGUCACCCACUCUGGCUGAAUUAAUCUUGGUGUAAUGUGAUGUCUUUUGCCAAAUGGAGUUGAUCAAGAUGGAACACUGUUAUAGAAAGUGCACUUCUGUCACUUCCUGGGAUCUACAUCUGCCUUUCAUGAGACACAGCUGUUACUGUUUCUGAUUUUUAUAUAUGACUGCUUCUGUGAUGUUCUGGCUGGAGGCUGUAACACUCGCUAUCUCAUAGAUUUGAUUUUAUCAUUAGUCAAGAAAAUAUUGAACAAGAACAGUUUGAAUAAUGCUAUUUGAGUGGAAUCGUAAGGAAUAAUCUUAAAUGAGCUCUUGCCUUGGGUUUCAUUAUUCAUUGUUAAUCAAAAGAAAGUUGCUGCAUCAACCAUGCUGUGAUAAGUGUAAGUAGUUCUGCUUGGGGAUAAAAUUAAAGCCUACCUGACCACAUCCAACCUGGGUCAAGGAUUAGUAAUACUUUUCAUACCUGACUUGACUUUGCCAUUUCUUUAAAUAUAAUUGUAGACGUGUUACUAUUUGUGCAUAUUUCUGAUUUUCAGUGAAAGCUCAAAAUUAAAAAGAAAUAAUGCUCUCAAAGUAUUCUUGGAUGUUGGGUAACUAUUUGACUCAAUUUUAGCAACAAUUCUAUAUGACAUUAGGAUAAACCUUCCUCAAACAGCAAAAUACUAAAGACCAUAUCAGAAUUAUGCAUUUUAAAUACCUUAAUAGCUUUAAUCGACUUUUAAUAACCCAGUGGUUAUUGAAAGAUUCCAGGAUAAUGUCACAUUUUAUAAGAAUCUCUCAAUAACAUAAAGGGGAAAAAAGAAUCCACCUUGUCUUGUAAAACAAAGUGUAAGGGUGUCCCUGAGCUGUUCUAGCCAUGCAAGUGCUACCCUUGCAGCAUCAAGUGUAAUUUGAGCCAGCCUCCCCAAUGCAGAAGGAACACUGUUAUGUACCCCAUCAUUGCAGCAACUUCUUACUGAUUUUGCAGGCCUUUCUUUCAUUUACAUUCAGCAAAGUUUGUCAUUAAUUUCCUGCUGUUUGUAGAUCUAUCAACCACUACUGUUUGUUUCGUAAGAUCUAACUCUUAAAACUUCUCAGUAAGUCUGUGCAGUUCAGGAUAGACCUCUUCUAUGACCUGGCUGUGCAAGUGAUUCACUUCUGCUUUCUUCACAACCAUUCAUUGUGCAGUUGCCUGACAAUUGGUGUAUCAGAAGAAAGUGUGUACCUGUUUGCAUUUCUCAAACAUGAACUUCCAUGUCCAGUGUAAAAUACUGCUGUUCCUCAAGUUCCC